AUGGGCAGAAAAGACUCCAAACAACCACUAUCAUCAUCGGAAAACAUUCAAAAAGUUGAACAUGUAGAUUCCAACAGCACUUCCGAAAUUAAAAGGAAGAGAGAAUUUCACCUGAAUGAUGAUGAUGCAUUGUCUCGAAAACAUAAUGUGAAAAAGAACAAAUUACUUCAUAAAAAUUCAACAAAUGAAAUGAAACAAAGCUCCUGCUUGGCAGUACUCUCUCAUGAUGAGCUUGGAUGGAUUUUGAACUUUCUUUUAACUGGAGAAGUCUUGAUGUUGAGCUUUUGUUCCAAAUCAAUGUAUCAUUCAGUGUUUUCUAUUGUGAAAGAACAGUUUAAAUAUGAUGCAAGUGAAGCAACUUUAACAAUGAGAGACAUUUCAUGGACAUUAACUGGAGCAUUACGAACUCGAAAGCAAUUAAUUGUUUCAGAACGUAACGUAGAAAAAGUGAAGGAGAUUGUGAAGGAAAUUGCAACACGAGGUGGUUCAUUACAUGAAUUAUCUAGAAGAUGGAUAUUUAGCGUGGAUUGCAGUAGUACUGAAAUAUUUGAAAUGUUGAGCAUUGCAUCAAGAAACAACAUGAGAACUACUGCCAUUGUUUUUGAAAAGGAAUGUUUCAACAAUGAUGUAGAGGAGUUUGAAACUGCCAUUACCCAUUCAGAGUUGAUUUGUACGCAAGCUCCAAUGGGAUUUCACCUUAAGAAUUUAGUGUUGGAUGGAAUGUCUCUUAGUAGAUGUGACCUUCUUAAAUUAUUGUCACAAACUAAUGCUCUUGAAAAAUUAGAAAUUACUAUUUACUCAGGAACAGAAGACUACAUUUUUCAAGACGAUGAAAACAACAUUUACGUACCAAUUUUGGAGUCACUUAAAUUCUUACGGAUAAAUCACGAUUCUGAUAAUGGUAGCCCAGAAAAAUUUAGCAUUGAUUUACUGAGAUUAUGUCCACAGUUGGAGACAUUUGAGUACAUAUUUUCUUGCGUGCAUGAAGAGUUGUUCAUAUCUCUUGCAAAGAUGUGCCCAAAAUUGACACGUUUGAUCAUUACUUGUACUGACAUGGAAACAGGGGAUAACCUUUCUGAAGAAACCAUUUACCAGUUAUUACAAGCGUUUCCUAAGUUAGAACAUGUUGACAUUAAUCUGUGCAGCGAAAUCAGUGGAGAUAUUUUUAAAAAGAUUAGUGAAUUUCCAUUUUUGAAGUAUUGUAGUAUUACCAGCUGCUACGAUUUUUUGAAUUUGUCAGGACCUAUUUGUUUUGGGGGUGGAAUUCUUCCCAACCUCGAAUACUUCAAUAUUGGAGCAUAUUUUAAUUUUGCAACGACUUUGGAACGCGAGAAUUUCACAACAAAUAUUCGAACACUUGCUCCCAACCUAAAAGAAUUUGGCAAUAUGCAGCAAUUUGUUGACAAAAAAGUACUAGUGGACCUCUUUGCAGAUACCUUAACGACACUUGAGCUUGAUUUGCCUCAAAUGAUCAAAAUUCCUCCCAAAGUCACUUAUCUGACGAUCCAGAUUGGCGACGGACGUGACCUUACUGUACCUUUAUGUUCCAACAAACCAAACGUUAUGAUCAAGAAGCUAAAAUUGGUAAUGAAGAAGAUUGGUAAAAAGAGAUUACCGUCUCUACUACCGUUUUUGGAGCAAGUAGCAACUCUAUUUCCUUGUAUUACACAUUUUAGACUUGAUUAUUUUGACAAACGUAAAUAUGUAGAGCCAAUUCUAUUGACUCUUAUGGAAAAUACAUCCAUUUGGAAGGACUUACAAUAUUCGCAUAUCGACGUCAAGAAAGUAGACAAGUUUGUGAAGGCAAGACCAAGGAUUGCACUAAAUACUUGGAGAUACUACGAUCGUUCCUCAAUGGAACUGCAAAUGAAGGACCUCUCGGUAUUCUAUUAUCAUUGGUUAGUGCAAGAUCAACACUCUUUUGAUGAGAAAUGGUAA